UCGAUUGCAGUGUUGUUUACUGUUUACAAUUCUCUUUGUUUUCGUGUCUGUGAUAAGAGUGAAAAAGAAGUCGAAAGAAGAAUAAUGGAUAAUAAAAUUGUCAAAUAAGAACAAUAGAAAGCAACGAUGUCCAGCUACGAGCAACUACUGAAGGUGGAGGGCGCGGCCAGCCAUGGAAGGAAUGCAAACAGAUUCCCCUGGCGGACUCUGAUCGGUUGGCUUCUGUUUUUGUCGCUUUUGGCGGGCUUCUUUUUGGCUCUGGGAUACCAGUACGUGCUAAGAGUGACACCACUAGCAACCGCGGAGUUGGAGCAACGUCUGGUUUGUUACUACGUCAGUGACGAGACCCACCAACUUAGCCUGCUGGAAGUGCCCGGCGAUUUGUGCACGCACAUCAACAUUGGCCCCGCCAGCCUGGAUAAUGCCACGAUUGUGCUGCCUCCCUCGUUGGUCCAGGUGCUCCGUAAUGAUAGUCCCCAGUUCAGGAAGUCCCAUCCGCAAGUUCAUUUGCUGCUCUGGAUCGGUGGAGCGGACAGUGGCCGGCAGUUUGCCCUGAUGGUGGCGAAUCAUGCAAUGCGUAAGGUGUUCCUGCGUUCGCUCCGCGAAAUACUUCGCACAUAUCCCAGUUUGGAUGGCAUCGACCUCGAUUGGGAGUUCCCCAGUGCCUACGACAGGGAGCGAAUGCAUCUGUCGCAGCUGCUCUACGAGAUACGCACGGAAUGGCGACGGGAGAAGCGGGAACGGGAUAUACUCUCGCUGGCAGUGGCCGCACCGGAAGGCAUUGCCCUGUAUGCCUACGAUAUGCGGGAACUGAAUCUAUAUGCGGAUUAUGUGAACCUGAUGGCCUAUGACUUUCAUUUUUACCGAAAGGACACACCAUUUACGGGUCUGAAUGCUCCACUGUAUGCCCAUGCGAGUGAUCGCUCCCUGAUGGCCACGUUUAAUAUUAAUUAUACGGUGCAGUGGUGGCUCAAGAGCGGCCUGGAGCCGCAUCGUCUGGUGGUGGGCCUGCCCACCUACGGCCACUCCUUCACACUGGUGAACCCGCUGAACCACCGGAUUGGAGCACCUGCCUCGGGUUUUGGUCAGUGCGGCCAACUGGGCUUCACCACGCUCUCUGAGACGUGCGAAUGUGCCGCCAAAUACAUCAAACCCAACUAUAUGUACGAUCCCGAGACCUGUUCGCCUUACCUGAGCGCCCUGCAAGAAUGGAUUUCGUAUGAGAAUCGCACGAGCAUCGAAUGCAAGGCCAGCUAUGUGAAAUCCCUGAAGCUGGGCGGUGUUAUGGUCUUCUCUUUGAACACCGAUGAUCUCAAGAACGCGUGUCAGGAUCAGCGUGAAUCCAGAAACCCUGAGAAGCCUGUAUUUCCACUCAUACAGGCGGUUAGGGAGAUUCUAAGAGGGAACGCUUAGGAGACUUUAGUAUGAGGGAUUUUAGCAAAGAUCAACAUAAUAAUACUGUAUAAUAGAUGCAUAUUUUAACGUGCAGAUAAAUCAGUAUUCUGUUCUGAUAUAUCGAACUGUGCCAAAGAAGAUAUUCAGCUUGGUUUCAAAUAGUUUUAAGGACAUUUUAAAAUAUUUGGUAGAAAUGUAUUGGUAUUCAAAAUGUCGCUUAAAUGUCAAUGUUUUAAACAUCAAUAUUCCAAUUUUAUCAAGCAUUUUUGUUAUAACUUGUUUUAAAUAUGGGUAAAAAGGCUAAUAAACGAUCAAUAUUAAUUUGAAAUUUCAAUAUAUUGAAACUGUAUCACAAAGAAAUCAAUAAAAAGAGGCAACCGCUUUUGUACAUA